CUUAAAGCUAUAGCUAGUUUCACAACAAACUCUUUCCCCUCUUGUUUAGCUUCCAUUUUUGAAGUUUAAACCUCAGUUUUCAAACCAUAGGAUCGAACUCAAUUCGGGAUUCGAUCCUAUUGGUUUUAACAAGUUUUUUUACUAAACAAACAUCCAACAACUAAGAUGGACAAGGUAAUGAGAUUGGCCUCAGAGAAAGGAGUAGUGAUCUUUAGCAAGAGCUCAUGUUGUCUGUGCUAUGCAGUCAACAUUUUGUUCCAAGAACUGAGAGUCCAUCCAAUUGUUCAUGAGAUUGAUCAAGAUCCUGAAGGCCGCGAAAUGGAGAAGGCCCUUUCGAGGCUCGGGUGCAACGCGCCAGUGCCUGCUGUAUUCAUUGAUGGGAAGCUUGUUGGCUCAACCAAUGAAGUCAUGUCUCUUCACCUAAGUGGCUCCCUGAUUCCUCUGCUCAAGCCUUACCAGGCUCUAUCUUAAAUUAACACUUGUCUCCAAUAAUAUGUUGGAAAAACAAAAAACAAAAAAAAAACAAAUAAUAAGAUGGCUCAGAAUAAUUAGUUUGUUGUGGUUGGUAGUGAGAGAGAAAGAGAGAGAGCUUUGUAUUUGAAAGUAUAUAUACUACUGUAUCAUCUGUCAAGUGAUCUGUAUUGUAGCAUUUAAUUAGCUGGUGUAGCUUGUGAUCUGUUUCCUAUUCUUAUUAAUGAAAAAUUAGCUUUUAUUAUAUA